GAUUAAACAUGGCCACUGAAUCUUUGAUCAAAAUUCCAAAGAGUCUCUUCAAAAACGUCAAGUUUUAUUUGGCGCAGGAAGAUGAUUCGAAAGUAAAAAAUUUCUUGAAAAAUGGUGGAGCAACUAGAGAGUUCUUUUUUAGUGAUUCUGUAUCUCAUGUCAUAUCAAAUACAGCAACGUUUGAUGAUGCACAGAAGGCAAAAGAAUUUAACAUUCCUGUUGUUAAGCCUGAGUGGGUUUUUUUUUCUAUCAUUUCUGAAGCUGUGUUACCUUUGACUCCAUUUACAUUGGAGAAAAAAUUGUUUUCUUCAUGUGUUGCUUGCUCUUCACAGUUGUCAAGAAAGGAUAGGGAAGGAUUAUGGGCAUUAUUUAGUUUUUAUGGUGGAAAAUGGCAAACAAACCUGGAUUCAACAUGUACACAUUUGAUUAUUUCUGAAGCACAGGGUGAAAUGUUUGAGAAUGCUUUAAAGCUUCAAAGUGUCAAAAUUGUAACACCUGAGUGGAUAGUUGAUUCUGUUCGAGAAGGUGGAAUCCAAAAUGAAAACAAAUAUACUUUGACUUUUCACGAACCAUCAAUGCUGAUGACUCCUGAAUCACCAGAUCUUGCAAACCUUAAAAAAUCUACCAUAAAAGGUGGUAACGAUGAGUCAAAGAUGAAAAAUACUCAAAAUGAUAAUGAAUCAAGUAGUUUUUCACGUCCUAUAAGGCAGUCUGCUGAAAAUGCAAGGCAAUCCUUACGUGAUAUGGUUGAUGAUAUGGAAAAGUCAAAUGAUGAAAAAAUGAGUGAAGAUAGUGUUACUGAUGAUGAGGAAAAAAUAGAUGAAGGAAAUGUAGAAAGUACAAGUGAAGAGACAAAGGCAGUAACUAGUAGUGUCUCGAAGAAAGAUAUUUAUGUCACAAAGAUCCUUUCGGAGUGUGUGUUUUACCUUGAAGAGUAUAAAUGUUCUGUUUCUGAAGAAUCUUUGACAAUGUGGAAGGAGAUUAUUACACAGAAUUCAGGAAUAGUGUCUGAUGUUUACUGUGAUAAAGUUACAUAUUUUUUAUGUCCUCAUCAUCAUGGACUUUAUUACAAACAGGCUCUUUCUGAAGGAAAACGAAUAGUCACGUGUCAUUGGUUGAAUGAUGUAAUUCAAGGGCAGAAACUCAUUCGUCCAAAAUAUCCAAUUCAUUUACCUGUUCCAUUUAAAGAUAAGGUUCAACGAUGUCGAAGUAUGAUCAUUUCUCUCACAGGAUUUCAAGGCAUUGAACGAGAGAAACUGAAAGAUAUGGUUGAUCUUGUUGGUGCUAAGUAUUGUGGAUACUUAAGUCGAUCUGUCACACAUCUUAUAUGUAAAACUGACAAAUCUUUGAAAUAUGAACGUGCUAAGGAUUGGGGAAUAAUUUGCACAAACGCUGCUUGGCUCUGUGAUAUUGUUGCUGGUGGUUGUGAUUAUCCUGUGAAUUUGAACAGAUACAAAAUAAUAUCUGAGGAAAACUGUGAACUUUCCAUUAAUCUUAACUUAGCUCGAGAAUUAAUGAAUGCUUGGGAAGGUUUCGAAGAGAAAUCUGCCAUUCUUGACAAGAAACGCAAGUUGCAUAUGCUUGAAAGACAGAUUAAGAAGUUUUCUCAAAAUAAUAAACGCUUUUGUAGUGAUGAGUCAACAAAUCCUUCAAAAAAUGCUCGUGUAAAAGAACCGCCUCGUGUUGUUUUCACUGGCCUUAAUCCCACAUCAGUAAGACGUAUGACUGACAAAUUGGUUGAGUUAGGUGGAGAUACAUCAACAUCGACUAGAACAUGUACACACAUUGUUGCUACUAAAAUAAUGAGGACCAUUAAGUUUCUAACAGGAAUCUCUGUAUGUCAAUAUAUUGUCAAUCCUCAAUGGAUUGAAGCAAGUCAUUAUCAAGGAGAGUUUGUCGAUGAAAAGGACUUUAUUUUGAAAGAUGAUAAUGGAGAGAGACUUUAUGGAAUGUCUCUGUCCCAGUCUAUUGAUCGAGCCCAAGCAAAACCUCUUUUUCAGGAUAUAACAGUAUACGUGACCGCAAAUGUUCGACCUGACCAUCGUAAUAUGAUGGAAAUUUUAGAUUGUGCUGGCGGACGGAUAAUGACAGAACUUCCUAAAAAAACGGAAUGGAAAAGUUUAGCUGAGAAAAAAACAAAAGAUGGCUAUCCAGCAUUUGUCUGUGUCACUUGUGACGAGGACACUCAUUUAUGUCGUGAAAUGAAAAUGGCGGGAAUUGGAAUUCAUAAUGUCGAAUUUGUUCUUUCUGGAAUACUUAAACAAGAAUUGGAUUUUCAUAGUUUCAACUUUUAGCGGCAAUGUUGGUAUGAAUGAUGAUAAACAUUUUUUUACAAACAUUUUUAUCACUGUUAAAUUUUUCAUUAUGAAACCCUUUGUCAUCAGUAAUUUACAAUGAGGAAAUUUUCUGACUAAUGAUUUGUAUUUAAGGAAAUAUAAAGUAUAAACAUGAAAAGCAAAA